CCUUCAGCUGCAAGAGAAGUAGACGAGUCUUUGGGAAAAUGAUAGAUCAUAGAUGUGCAUGUCCUGGCAUUCCAGAAAUACGAAGUAGAUGAAUCUAAAGCGACAAGUUUCAGCUACUCAAAGAUCUGAUGUGCAUAGGAUUACCUGAAACAAAGGCAACAAUAGAUAAGAAGAUGUAUCAUCAAGGCCACAACAACGUCGUUUCUUCUAGGGAAGCAUUUCCUCCAGAGAGGCAUUUGUUAUUGCAACAAUGGGGGAGCAUUCCAGACGAAUCGGGACUAGUGCUAUCGACUGAUGCAAAGCCAAGGUUGAAGUGGACACCUGAACUCCAUGAUAAAUUCAUAGAAGCAGUUAAUCAACUUGGCGGAGCAGACAAGGCAACACCAAAAGCAGUCAUGAGACUCAUGGGCAUUCCUGGACUGACACUGUAUCACCUAAAAAGCCAUCUUCAGAAGUACAGACUCAGCAAAAAUCUUCAACCUCAAGCAAACAUGGGAAGUACUAAGAGUGUUGUAGGUUGUCAGCUAGCAGCAGAAAUGACAGAUGAAGGUAAUAAUAAUAUAUCAGCCGUUACCAAUACAAAUAUUGUUCCCCAGCCCAAGCCUAUUCAGAUAAAUGAAGCACUUCAAAUGCAAAUUGAGGUACAAAGACAGCCACAAGAACAACUGGAGGUAAAUUUUAGUCAACACGUAGUGUUAAGAUUAGAUCCAUGAUACCUUAUUUGAGUUGAUAAGAAUUUAACAGUUCUUAUUUGUAUCAAUAUUCUAAAAAUGUCUGCAUAUAGUUAUUGCAAAGUACCUACUGACUGACUGGUUUUGUAGAAUGAAAAUUGGAGCAAGCAUCAUUUAUAACAAUAAAUCGUCCUAGUUGUUUUGAUGAACUUCAGUUAAAUGAUAUAGCCACGGGAAAUAGUUCAAGGGAAUGGUUAAAACCAUAAAUCAAGAAAGAGAAAAUAUGCCCAUCAUCCAUGUCAAGAUGGAACGGUAACAAGACAGAAGAUAUGAAACAGUUUGGAUGUAGCGUGGCAGACACCCUGAGCUUUGAUGGAUUUUUUUUUGUUCAUUAUAUCAUGUUUUAUUUGUAAUUUGUAGAAGCCUCAAAGGAAGAAAAGUGUUGCAAAAAGAAAUAAUCCGGUCUUGCCAUCAAAUGUGUCAUGGUCAUUACAUUUAUUGUACUGUUACUCUAUGCGUGUUUUGGACAGCCCCGAAA